UUCAAGUUAGACGGUUUAAACCAGCCAGCUUCCAAUCCUGUUAAAACAGUUAAAAGUCAUUGAUUACACGCGUUGAACUUAAAACGCAAGCAAUGCUAGUAGCGCUACUUGAAUGCGUCGCAGUGCUCCAUGGCAAUCAAAGCUUUCUGAUUAAUAAUCAUGACGCGUACUAGCACAAAAUUAUCAUGGUAAAUAUUUUGUCUAUCAGGAGAAUUUCUAAUGUGCGCCAUUUUAUUUUAUUUUAGAAGCAAACUUCAAAGGAAAAUCGACCGAUGGUUACAGAAGAAGUCAUAAUUCCUCUUAAGUAUGUACCAGUUAGAAGCACCCAAGGCCAAAACUUCUACAUGCGAAAUUACCCAAUCGGUAACGAUCAACGAUAUUUGAGCGUGGAGGGCAAUAAUUUGCAAAUGACAAACGCAGCAACAGAAACCAAAUGCAAAUUUCUAGUAAAGACGUACCCCCAUUUUCCUCAAAUCGCAGUGUCAUUUCAACACGUUACGUCUUCAAAGUUCAUUUCUGCCACGACAACACAGAAUGUUACAUUAAUUGACUCUACUCCUCCACUUAUUUUCCAGUCGUCUGACAGUAAACUAUUCUUCAGAAAUUGGGACAGUGGUUUGGAUCAUUAUUACUUUGAGUCCGUUACAAAUCCAGGUCACUAUUUGGCUUACAACCGCGUUAAUGAUGACGUCAAAUUACUCCAGUUAUCAGCUUCGAGUCUUCAAAACAAAACUGGAAACGCUCUCGAUGCCUUCUUCAGACAUGUUCCCCUCAACUAAUGGAUAAUCAGCAGAUAAUGGACUUUUCUCAUAAAACCCGCACCUUUAAUACUGUUGAUACAUACGAUUAUUCCUGUGUAUUAAAUGACACGUUCUGAUUACUUUUAAUUGACAUUCCGAAAAGAUCCAUUGUGACGGGGAAACUUUAUAAGCUUAAUUAAAAUGUAUUAAAAUAAAUCAAUGAUAUAUUGCCUGUUUUGAUAAGCGUACUUAUAAAAAAAAACAUAUUUUGUAGUUUUUUAAAAUCUUAUUUAUGCAAAUAACAUUACUGAUGCUUAUGUAAUUAAAUAAGAAUCAAUGUUACAUAAAUAUUACUACCUACAGUAUACUAAGUAUUUAUUUAUACUUGUGCAAUCUUGAGCUGUGGAAAAAGUUCCGAAUACAAUUUAUUUAUACAAAAUGUUUGCCUAUCUAUUUAUGAAACAUUACAAUACAGCCAUUUAUUCUUCAUUGAUUAGUAAAUGUUAUUAUUAAUCUCUGCUGUGAAACUAUUUAAUAUUUAUACUGUAUAUUUAUAUUUAAUACUAUGCCUUGUUUAAUACUGAAUUUUACACGCGGCGAUUUAUUUAAUGUAGGCCCCUAUAAUGUACAGGGUAUUUAUUAUUGUUAUUUAUAACAGCUCUUAUGCUAAGUUGUUUAAUAAGUACAAAAGAAACCAAAUAUACUUUAAAGUCAAUUCUAAACACAUAAUUACUAUAGUAAUUGUACUAUUCUGCUUAUCAACUUAAAAAUAGUACAUAGUGUGUAAUUGUUCAAAGCAAUGCAAUUCUAAACUAUUAAUAAAUUGGCUGGAUGCAGUUUUA